UUAGGAAACAACAAUACAGAAAGUAAACUGCGGGCUGGCUUUGGGUUUAUUUUUCCGUAAAAUAUUCACAGAAAAAUGGAUUCCGAAGACGCAGCACAAACAAUUUUCGAUUCGGCGUCCUCGCUGGUGGAAGGCUGCCGGUUACCGGUGAAAAUGAGCGGGACGAACGAUUGGCCACUAGCAGAAAUUAUCAGCAUUAGGGAGGGAUCGGAUAGAAAAUGCUAUUACUACGUACAUUAUGUAGAUUUUAACAAACGACUAGACGAAUGGGUGACGGAGGAGUUUUUGGACAUGCGGAAGGUACAGUUCCCCCGCAAGGACGGCAUAACGACGGGGCAGAAUACCGGCGUAACGACACCGAAACGAUUACCUCCCGCGCUGACCUGCUCCCGGCCUGCCAGUCCCGUCCAGACGCCCGAAAUCACGGUCAACGGUGGUGCCGUGCUCGAGGCGGCACUGCAGAAGAAAAUCAGCCGCAAGCGGAAAGCGACCUCCACCGAAAACGAAGACUCGGAGGACGUACCCUCGACGCCGACGCCGCGCCAGUCGGGCAGUAUGGUGGCGCACCACGACGAUGUGGUGACGCGCAUGAAGAACGUGCAGCUGAUCGAGCUCGGCCGGCACCGGAUCAAACCGUGGUACUUUGCGCCCUACCCGCAGGAGAUGUGCACGAUGUCGUGUAUCUACAUCUGCGAGUUCUGUCUCAAGUACCGGAAGAGUCGCAAGUGUCUGGAGCGGCACACGAAAAAGUGCAACCUGCGCCACCCGCCCGGGAACGAGAUCUAUCGCAAGAGCACAAUUAGCUUUUUCGAGAUUGACGGGCGGAAAAACAAAAGCUACGCUCAAAACCUCUGCCUGUUGGCAAAGCUGUUUCUCGACCACAAGACGCUGUACUACGACACGGAUCCGUUCCUGUUCUACGUGAUGACCGAGUACGACACGAGCGGGUUCCACAUCGUCGGGUACUUCUCGAAGGAGAAGGAAAGCACGGAAGACUACAACGUGGCGUGCAUAUUGACUAUUCCACCGUACCAGCGAAAAGGCUACGGAAAGCUACUAAUAGAAUUUAGUUACGAAUUAUCCAAGUUCGAAGGAAAAACGGGUUCACCGGAGAAGCCAUUGUCCGAUUUAGGUUUACUGUCGUACCGCAGCUAUUGGGCGCAGACGAUACUAGAAAUAUUAAUCCUCCAAAAGCCAACUGGCGACAACGAAAAGCCACAAAUAACGAUAAAUGAAAUAUGCGAACUCACCAGUAUAAAAAAAGAGGACGUCAUCUCGACGCUGCAGAUACUGAAUCUAAUCAACUACUACAAGGGCCAGUACAUAAUCUGCAUCAACAAGGAAACGAUCGACCAGCACAAAAAGGCGAUGGAGAAGCGAAAGAUUCGCAUCGACUCGAAGUGUCUCCACUGGACGCCCAAGGACUGGUCGAAACGAUCGAAAUGGUAGAGCCACCCCGGCGGCACGGACCGCAUAGUGUACCAAUCAAUCAAAGGAGCCACAGACUGUUUAGCGGCGACCAGACGUUCUCUGUACGCUGGGAAGGGGUUGUAUCCUCCUGAUGAUCUCCUUUCUUGCAUAACUGUGUAUGUAUUGUGUGUUUAUGUCUGCAUUCGUGCGUGCGGGCGUGCGUGUACCUUAGAUGAGUAAGCUUUUGGCGAGAGUAGAAAAUGUGCUGGGCAAGCACCUAUGCAGUGGAAGAGCUAGACAGCUGCGGCUGGCCUCUUGAGGCUGCGAAAAAAAGGGGACAUAGAGAUGAAGCGCCAUAGAGUCGGUAGGAUGGUGGAGAUAGGCAAAGAGAGCCGGGAAGAAACAAAGCGGUGUUGAUAAAUCCA